AUGGGGAAAAAGAGGAAAAGACAAGAGGAUGAACACAUGGAAGGUCCCUCAUGUUCCACUGCAACCCCCACGUGAGCAGAUCUCCCAUAUUAUAUAUGUUAGCCCUCACUCCAUCUGUCAUUCAAUUACCCUAUGACUAAGUGUAAGCAACAUCCACUACCUGUUGGAGGUGAGCAAAUAGUGUUGUGCAUUGUUGCUGUACACAGACGUUAUUUGCUGCCCUCAGGUUAAAUAAGAAAUUGAAAGAGGACGAGGCUGACCCGAGGACAGAGAAGAACAUAAAGGAGGGGAUAAAGAAAGAAAAGGUAGACAUCCUCCCUGAGCAGGCAAAUGUUCUAGUUUUCAUCUGUUGAUGUAGUUGCAUCAUUUUCUCCCACUUUUCACUCGCAUCAACAAGAAUUUCAGCCGAGUUGGAAGUGGAAACUAUACUGAACAAAAAUAUAAACGCAACAUGUAAAUUGUUGGUCCCAUGUUUCAUGAGCUGAAAUAAAAGAUCCUAGAAAUGUUCUAUACGCACAAAAAGCUUAUUUCUCAACUUUUGUGCACAGAUUUGUUCACAUCCCUGUUAGUGAGCAUUUCUCCUUUGCCAAGAUAAUCCAUCCACCUGACAGGUGUGGCAUAUAAAGAAGCUGAUUAAACAGCAUGAUCAUUACACAGAUGCACCUUGUGCUGGGGACAAUAAAAGGCCAUUCUAAAAUGUGCAGUUUUGUCACACAACACAAUGCCACAGACGUCAAAAGUUUUGAGGGAGCAUGCAAUUGCCAUGCUGACUGCAGGAAUGUCCACCAUAGCUGUUGUUUGGUAAUUAAAUGUUCAUUUCUCUACCAUAAGCCGCCUCCAACGUCGUUUUAGAGAAUUUGGCAGUAUGUCCAACUGGCCUCACAGCAGACCACGUGUAACCACGACAGCGCUGGACCUCCACAUCUGGCUUCUUCACCUGCGGGAUCAUCUGAGACCAGCCACCCGGACAGCUGAUGAAACGGAGGAGUAUUUCUGUCUGUAAUAAAGCCCUUUUGUGAGGGGAAAACUCAAUUUUAUUGGCUGGGCCUGGCUCCCCAGUGGCUGGGCCUAUGCCCUCCCAGGCCCACCCAUGGCUAUGCCCCUGCCCAGUCAUGUGAAAACCAUAGAUAAGGGCCCAAUUAAUUUAUUUGAAUUGACUGAGUUUUCCUUAUAUGAACUGUCACUCAGUAAAACCUUUUGAAAUUGUUGCAUGUUGCGUUUAUAUUUUUGUUCAGUAUAGAUGUUUAGUCAAGACAUUAGUUUUAUUGUAUUCACAAUCAUUACUGUGAUACAAUGUUAGUGUUUGCCGCAUAUGACUCAGAUGGGUAUAGCUGAAAUGAUAAACAAGCUUUGUUUUGUAUUAAAUGCUGUGAACAUGUUUUGUUUUGGGAAAUUUUACAAUGGGCACACUGAUUUUGUGUAAAUCAAAUUUUAUUUGUCACAUGCGCUGAAUACAACAGGUGUAGACCUUACAGUGAAAUGCUUACUUACAAGCCCUUAACCAACAAUGCAAUUUUAAGAAAGAAUACCAAAAAAAACAUAAGAAAUUAAGGUAACAAAUAAUUAAAGAGCAGCAGUAAAAUAACAAUAGCGAGGCUAUAUACAUGGGGUACCGGUACCGAGUCAAUGUACGGGGGCACCGGUUAGUCGAGGUAAUAUGUACAUAUAGGUAGUUAUUAAAGUGACUGCAUAGAUAAUAAACAGCGUAGCAGCAGCGUAAAAGAGGGGGUGGGCAAUGCAAAUAGUCUGGGUAGCCAUUUGAUUAGAUGUUCAGGAGUCUUAUGGCUUGGGGGUAGAAGCUGUUUAGAAGCCUCUUGGACCUGGACUUGGCGCUCCGGUACCGCUUGCCGUGCGGUAGCAGAGAGAACAGUCUAUGACUAGGGUGGCUGGAGUCUUUGACCUACUGUGUAAAUUGUCUUGUUUCUGUGGUGGUGUCUUGAUCUCCCAGAAGCCAAAGAAAGAGGGGGGGGAGCAUCCAGUCACUACAAAGAAGAAGUCAAAGGAAGAGAUUGCGGCGGCAAAAGCGUUGAAGAUCAAAAAAAGAGAAGAAGAGGAGCAGCAGCGCUGGAGAUGGUGGGCUUGUUUGUUUUUCUAUAUGCUGAAUGUGUAGGAGGUGGAUGGAUGCACCUUUUUAUGAAAGAGGGGCUCAUUCUGAAAUGCGUUCUUGUCCCUCAGGUGGGAAGAGGACAAGUAUGAGGAUGGUGUAAAGUGGAAGUUUCUGGAGCACAAGGGUCCCUUUUUCCCGCCGGAGUACCAGCAUCUCCCAGACAACGUUAGCUUCUACUACAAUGGUCAGUACAGCCCUGCUGGUUUGAAGGCUUUAUACUCACCCCGUCAGCUCAUCGAUCAUUUAGAAGUAAACGUGUAACUCUUCUCAAAGAGGCUAUUCACUCUAAAGAUCUAAGUUGCUUUCCUGGCAUGAAAGUUGAGCUAGGAAGGCUUGUAGCUCACUUUCAGACUGUCCAUGCAUUCUGUCUGGGUCAGAUUGAAAGUUGAAUGUUGUUGACGCUUUCUCUAUCUAUGACACUCUGGGGAGGAUCCUCCCCUUCAUCAUUCACCCCAGAAGAUUGUUCCUCAACUCUGUAUUGAUUUGCAUGGAUCAACAGCUGCCCACAAGAUCAGACUCCUUUAUUUAGGGCUUACAGCCCGGGGAUGUCUGGCUGGCUGGAUCAAACAUUUUGAUUGAGAACCAUAGUUUUGACAUUUUCUCCCUGUAGUGCAGCCCUGACAGCUCCCAUAUCAAAAGAGUAGGUUUGAUAAGUUAAACCCUGUGUGUGUGUAGUGAAGUCUCUCCCUGUACCCAGGCCUCCACAGCUGACUCAUCAAUCGGAGUGGUAUGGAAUGUAAAUUCACAGCCGCUCACUGCAGGCCUCAGCCUCUCUCUCUGGCCAUUGAUUAGCUGGCUCCUAGGGGACCUCUGGGGGUGAUAUUAGGGUGGGGAAUUGCCAGGGACCUCACUAUACGAUAUUAUCACGAUACUUAAGGGUGGGGAUGAUAUUUAUUGUGAUUCUCACAAUUCUAUAUGUAUUGCGAUUCAAUACUGUGAUUUAAUUGUGAUUCCAUGGUCCAAACAUAUUGCUUACCAUGUGUCUGCUGCAGAGGGAUGAGAGCCAUGAGAAAACGAGUUUUGAUCAGUCAUGGAAAUUGGCAAUUUGAAAUCAAAUUGGCUCAAUAUUUAAAAAGAUGGAGAACAAGCUAUGAAGGACAAUUACUGGAGUUUUGGUGCAUGUACAGCCAACUAGCGCAACAAUAAAAUGGCGACUUCAAAGUUGUUGAAAAUAUUAAUAAUAUCCCAAUAUGUACAGUAAUUAUCUAACAUUGUUAUUUUUUAUCACUAGUUGAUAUGGUGCAUUUUUUUGGUUCUGACUAAACUCCAAAAGCCUGACUUUGAUCUCAGAGGACACCGCUCCUCUAUAGUCACUUCAGCUACUCGUAUAGUGGUGCCGCUUCGCUCCCCUACUAAAGAGAACAUGACAAGGGCAAGAUUUACCAAGCGUUUGCACCUGUUAGUUUCAGACAGUAAUAAAAGACAAAGAAGUAAAGCUGAGUACUAAACUAUUCUACAACAUUAUAUAUAAUUUUCCCACUUAGGACCUGCAAGCUGGUUACUGAAAAUGUAGCCCGGCUAAGAUUUUUAUGGAACUGUAUGUGAUGUGCUUGUUCACCAGGUAAAGCUGUGAAGCUGGGCCUUGCUGCAGAGGAGGUGGCCCUGUUUUAUGCUCAGAUGCUUGACCAUGAAUACACUGCAAAAGAUGUGUUCCGAAACAACUUCUUCAAGGACUGGAGGAAGGUGAGAAGUGAGGGCGGAAGAAAAGCCUAGAGAGACUAGCCCUUGAAACAACUUUAUUUUGUUUUCUUAGCUUGUUCUUGGAAUAACAUCAGUGGCUCAAUUUGUCGUAUAGCAGAUUAAAGAUUAGAAAAUGAACUAUUUUGGAGUUGGAAGUCCAACCGAGAACCAAACAAGUAGGAGUAGUGGUUGAGAGUGAGCGUGGUCAUCAGGUCCCUAUACUGUUCAACUAAUAAAGAGAUGUUCAUAUAAGGAAAUCAGUCAAUUGAAAAAAAUUCAUUAGGCCCAAAUCUAUGCAUUUCACACCAUCGUUGGGCCUGGGAGGGCAUCGGUCCGCCCACCUAUUGGGGAGCCAGGCCCAACCAAUCAGAAUGAGUUUUUCCCCACAAAAGGGCUUUAUUACAGACAUAAAUACUUCUCAGUUUCAUCAGCUGUCCGGGUGGCUGGUCUCAGACGAUCCCGCAGGUGAAGAAGCUGGAUGUGGAGGUCCUGGGCUGUCGUGGUUACACGUGGUCUGCGGUUGUGAGGCCAGUUGGACGUACUGCCAAAUUCUCUAAAACGAAGGAGGCGGUUUAUGGUAGAGAAAUGAACAUUCAGUACGAGGUGGUCUAUUGUCUUUGUGUCGCUGAGCAUGUAUUCUGGGUGUGUGUACUCUGCGUGUGUGUUAAGGGUUCAAACCCUCAACAUGGGAAAUAUGUUGAAGUCUCUCUGGGGGUUGGUCUCUCUCGUUCUCUUUCGUCGUUCUUCACCCACACACCAAUCCGUUUGACUGUGGAGUUCAACUGGGCAUUUUCAUAGCUUCUGUUUCCCAUAGAUGCGAUGGCUUUGAGUUUGCGUAUCAGGGAUGUUUUUUUGAAUGUUAUUUUCUCUACCAACAGCUCUGGUGGAUAUUCCUGCAGUCAGCAUGCCAAUUGCACGCUCCCUCAACUUGAGACAUCUGUGGCAUUGUGUUGUGUGACAAAACUGCACAUUGUAGAGUGGCCUUUUAUUGUCCCAGCACAAGGUGCACCUGUGUAAUGAUCAUGCUGUUUAAUCAGCUUCUUGAUAUGCCGCACCUGUCAGGUGGAUGGAUUAUCUUGGCAAAGGAGAAAUACUCACUAACAGGGAUGUAAACAAAUUUGUGCACAAAAUGUGAGAGAAAUAAGCUUUUUGUGAGUAUGGAAAAUUUCUGGGAUAUUUUAUUUCAGAUCAUGAAACAUGCGACCAACACUUUACAUGUUGCGUUUAUAUUUUUGUUCAGUAUAGAUGCAGGGGUGUGGAGAUGGGUGUAUCGGGGUGUCUUCUGUACACAACACUCCAGCAGGCCCAAAGGCGUAUCAUGCAGAAUUAAUUUCGUGCUGCUUAGUGCCCAAUGCUCUUGAAAAUAUGAUUUGUGUAAAGGCAUUGAUAUGCUAAUCCAGACAAGUCGCUCCCCGCAUAUGAACAAAUCCAAUUAAACUGUUUUAUUAUAACGGGAAACCUCUCCUCGCCUGACUGCCCCCAGUCUCCGCCCACCCGCUGCCUGUCAAUCAUGCUUAAAGGGAAGGUCGGUGACUCAAGUGUCCACACUGUCACUGGCAUGUCUGGACUGGAUCUGUAUUAGGGAAAAUAUCACCAUUUUACUGGUGCCAAGACAAUGCAUUAGUAUUUUUGCUCUUAGAGCUCCUGUUGUCAGGUGCACAUAUCCCAGAUUUUUCCCUGUUUCUUUGUAUUUAUCUAUAGCUAAACUCCCCUUCUGGAUAUGUUGACAUGCUGCUCUUAUGGAUUCCUUCCUCAAAGAAAUGGAAAGAAAAAUAAGUCAUAUACACUAAGUGUACAAAACAUUAAGAACACCUGCUCUUUACAUGACAUUUGACUGACCAGGUGAAUCCAGGUGACAGCUAUGAUCCCUUAUUGACGUCACUUCUUAAAUCCACUUCAAUCAGUGUAGAUGAAGGGGAGAAGGGUUAACAAAGGAUUUUUAAGCCUUGAGACAUGGAUUGUGAAUGUGUGCCAUACCUCUUUAAGGAAUACCUGGAAUAGUAUAAAGUAAUCCUUCUACCCCCCCCCCCAUAAAAAAAAAAAAGUGGUUGUCCCACUGGCUAUCAUACGUUGAAUGCACCAAUUUGUAAGUUGCUCUGGAUAAGAGCGUCUGCUAAAUGAUGUAAAUGUAAUUCAGAGGGUGAAUGGGCAAGACAAAAUAUUUGUCUUUAAACAGGGAAUGGUAGUAGGUGCCAGGCGCACCAGUUUGAGUGUCAAGAAACUGCAAUGCUGCUGGGCUUUUCAUGCUCAACAGUUUCCUGUGUGUAUCAAGAAUGGUCCACCACCCAAAGGACAUCCAACCAACUUGACAAGCAUUGUAGUCAACAUGGGCCAGCAUGUUCUGAGGGCAAAAGGGGUUCAACUCAAUAUUAAGGUGUUCCUAAUGUUUUGUAGACUGUGUACAUUGACAUUUACUCAAGCAGGCUUUCUAGUUUAUGGACAGAAGGUGGCCAUAGUGACAUCCCCGUGGCCGUGCAGGCCCUCUCGCCUGCCAUAGGAGGCCACAUUAAAGGGGGGUGUCGUGACGUUUUACCGCAAAAAAAAACAUUACAUUAAAUCGUAACUGAAUAAAAGGGCUACUUGUUUAGCAUCCCUGUUGACAUGUUUUAUGGGUCUGACUCCUUCAGGGGCUCCCUAGAUCUGUAUUACAGGAACACAGAGGUUGCUGCUGCUGGGGCCCAGGCUAGCCUGCUUUAUGGUUGUCUCUAGCUCACAGGACUGAGAUGUAAGGACUGAGGAUGGUCUGUCCUUUUUAUUGAUCAAGUGAUUAAAGCAAAGGCUACAGAUUUUAGUUAUUUCGAUAAGGACAUAUCUCAGAUUUGUUGGGUUAUGAAGUUGAAGAUGAGUGGACUGGAAUGUUUUGCGUUCUGUGUUUUUAUUAGGUAGGUCUACUCAGAAGAUUCCUGGUUGACUGACGGCAUCAAGGACAAUUCGGUAGUGAAUCUGUUUCUCGUGUAUUGUCCUUUGUUUGUCUGAGCAGGAGAUGACCCUGGAGGAGAGGGUGCUGAUUAGUGACCUGAAUAAGUGCGACUUUCGGGAGCUCCACACCAUGCACAAGGAGAAGGUGGAGGCUAGGAAGGCCAUGAGCAAAGAGGAGAAACUGGUCAGUGGAACUCAGACAAAACAUAGGACCAUUACUCAAGGUAGAGCGAAAUGAUUACUUCAUUAUUGGAUUGAGUGUAAUUGCUAUGGAUACACUAUUGUGAGAGCGAAGGGGGUUCAUAGUAAAGUCUAGUUGAUAUCAAGCAGGCAUUAUUGUCAUACCUGAUAACCAAUAUAUAUUUCAUUCCAGGUGAUGAAAGAGGCCAACCAGAAGAUAGUGGAGGAGUAUGGCUUCUGUAUGCUGGACCACCACCGGGAACGCAUCGGCAACUUUAAGAUUGAGCCCCCAGGUCUCUUCCGAGGGCGGGGGGAGCACCCCAAACAAGGCAUGCUUAAGAAGAGGAUCCAGCCGGAGGACGUCAUCAUCAACUGUGCAAAGUGAGACUGGCUCAGAACAUGACUGGCUAGUAAAGGGGAGGUUACAGAAUAGAAAAGGGUUAAUAAAAGGGAAGGUUACUGCCCGGAGAAACACUAUGGAACAGUCCCACAACAGGUUUGGAUGUUCCAAUAUUCAUCCCCUCAAUACGGUUUAGUAGUAGUAUCUAGAGGAAGACCACAGUAUGGUUGUUUUCCACACUACUUUACUCCUCUAAGACCUGUGUCUCUUGUCAUUAUGAUCCAAGUCAGUGAUUAGACUCCCAGUCUAAAUUAGUGUCUGCUAAAGGCUGAUUUAUACCCGACGGAGACGGACCCUACGGAGCGUAGCUGUGUCGUAAUGUUGUUUUUCGUCACAAAAGGGGCGACUCCUUGUAGUGCGCUCCAACAUUUGACAUACUUCCGUGCCACAUGAAAAUUGUAAUGUUCCGUAUCACUCCUUGCAUAGCCGUGGGGCCAGUGUUGUGUAGGCAAUGACGUUCACUUGGUUCCUUCAAAACAUGACAUUCUAUUUUUAGCUGAUAUGAUAGUGAAUACAUUCAAGCAGCAUAUUAAACUGGGAUAACGUUGUAGGUUACACCUGCAAGUAUAGACAUUUUUGCCAGGGCAUAUUUGAUUAUAAAUCUGAUUAUUUCAUGGGAAGCUAAUCUACUUCAGAAUCACUUCAAGAUUGAUGUCUUGGUUUAGCUUGGCAUUAAAUAAGCAGCCUAUUUUGCAUUGAUAACCAAAUAUAAUCUCAGCGACUGCUCAAACCUUCAAAAAUAUUCAAAAUUCCCCAUAAAGAAAAUAUGCGCAUUUUCCCACCAGUGGUUUGUUUCCACCAAACUGACUUGUUGCGUAUAAAAUCAGUGCGUGAUGACAGUGCACACAAUGUAAUUUUUCGCAUACGUUUUCAUGUACCGAAUAAAAAUCUAAACUUCAAUGUGUUUCAUCACAUUUUCAACUCUACCGAUAUUUUAGUCACAAACUGUUGCGUUAAAUAGCAUAUGUGCGGCAACAGGUCACAGAUAGUGUGUGUAGGCUAGUUUACAUGAUGAGAUUGUUAUGGAUAAGGGCGAGGAAUAUUUUUAUUUGUCGAUCAUCAUGCCACCAGAAUAAGACCCUUGAUAUUUAUAUCAAGCUCAUCCUCGUGCACUUUCACUACCCUGUGAAGUUCAUUUAUUUAAUCUUUAGUCUAAUAAACUGCGUGGUUUCCCGAGUCGUAGUGGGAGGACCACACACCAUAUCAUUGCGUGAAUCGAAGUUUACUUUGAUAUGGUCAUUAUAUCAAUAUUUACGCAUUAAGGCAUUUUCACCGCCAUUUAUCGCAUAAUACAUUUUACCGACACAAAAAGAUCCCACCAUGUCAAACAAACAAAUGAUCAUGGUUUGAUAAUAACAAUUAUGAUAUUCUAUUUUUAGCUGAUAUGAGAGCGAAUACGUUGAAGCAGCGUCUCAAAUAAGGAUAAUGUUGUAGAAUAUAAGAAUAUUUGCCAGGGCAUAUUAUUUAAUUUUGUGGGAAGCUAAAAGACUAGCUAUCUUGCCGUGUUCAGCCAACUUGCUAGUAAGGGAAGAUGAGACUUCUUUUGCUUUCACCACAAAUGAGAAGACGACAAGAAAAUCUCUGUCCCCCCCCCCCUUGUGAAUGUUAAUUUUUGGGAGUCUGGACCAGCGAGGUAUUAUGUUACCGAAAGGUACACGUUGCAAAAAAAUAUCAGACUCCAACCAGCGCAUGCAUGAGCGUAGAUCUACGCAUGUGAAUCUUGUAGAGGGCUUUAGGAUCAAGCACCGCAAUAGUCAGGGUUAAAGUUGAGCCCCUGUGUAAUAGUCUUCUAGUUAACAGUCACAAAGUCAUAAACCUUGCCUAUUUCUACAAUUUCUCUUAAAAUCUCAUUUUAAAUCUAACCCUAACCUUAAAGGGAAACGUCACAAUUGUUCAACUUCAUAUUCAUCACCACCCCAACAUCAACAUAUGUGAAAAUGUUUUGUAGUAAAAAAUAUGUGAUUUUGACCAAUUGUGAUUAGGCGUUGUCUACUAAUUGACUGAUGCCAUUGGAAACACUUAUCUUUCUCUGUUUUUUUUACUACAAAUCAUAAAGGCACUAUAUAUACAAAAGUAUGUGGACACCCCUUCAAAUGAGUGGAUUCGGCUAUUUCAGCCACAGCCGUUGCUGACAGGUGUAUAAAAUUGAGCACACAGCCAUGCAAUCUCCAUAGACAAACAUUGGCAGUCGAAUGGCCAUACUGAAGUGCUCAGUGACUUUCAACAUGGCACAGUCAUAGGAUGCCACCUUUCCAACAAGUCAGUUCGUCAAAUUUCUGCCCUGCUAGAGCUGCCCCGGUCAACUGUAAGUACUGUUAUUGUGAAGUGGAAACGUCUCGGCGCAACAACGGCUCAGCCGCGAAGUAGUAGGCCACCCAAGCUCACAGAACGGGACCGCCGAGUGCUGAACCGCGCAUGGCGUAAAAAUCGUCUGUCCUUGGUUCCUCCGAAUUCCAAACUGCCUCUGGAAGCAACAUCGGCACAAUAACUGUUCGUCGGGAACUAAAUUAAAUGGGUUUCCAUGGCCGAGCAGCCGCACACAAGCCUAAGAUCACCAUGCGCAAUGCCAAGCGUCGGCUGGAGUGGUGGAAACACGUUCUCUGGAGUGAUUUAAUCAUCUGGCAGUCCAACGGAUGAAUCUGGGUUUGGCGGAUGCCAGGAGAACGCUAUCUGCCUGAAUGCAUAGUGCCAACUAAAGUUUGGUGGAGGAGGAAUGCUGGUCUGGGUGUUUUUCAUGGUUCAGGCUAGGCCCCUUAGUUCCAGUGAAGGGAAAUCUUAACGCUACAGCAUUCAAUGACAUUCUAGACGAUUCUGUGCUUCCACCUUUGUGGCAACAGUUUGGGGAAGGCCCUUUCCUGUUUCAGCAUGACAAUGCCCCAGUGCACAAAGCGAGGUCCAUACAGAAAUUGAAAUGUCCCGUAUGUCUAACCUUAAAUUAAGACCAACAAGCUAAUUCUUGUUUUCAUGAAUUUUUAACUAUGAUAUAGACUUCUGACUUUGUGGCUGUGUUAUCUAGUGGAAACCCUAUGUGACGCCGUCUCAUGCCUACAGUAUCAGACCCUUGAUCUCUUUACCCCCCUCCCUUAGAAAGUCUUGUAUCCCAGAACCCCCUGCUGGUCACCACUGGAAGGAGGUUCGCCAUGACAACACGGUGACCUGGCUGGCCAGCUGGACUGAGAAUGUUCAGGGCUCCUGCAAGUAUGUCAUGCUCAACCCCAGCUCCAAACUCAAGGUAUGAGGCAUGACCUAGAGCACAGGUUUUCAAAUAUUACCCUACGAGCUCCGGAGCCUUCUGAUUUUAUUUUCUACCUGAUAAUUAAUUGCGCCCACCUGGUGUCCCAGGUCUAAAUCAGUCCCUGAUGAAAGGUGAAGAAUGUGGAGGGGAGGGAAACGGUGCAAAAAAAAAAACAGUGCAACUGGCUUCAACGUCCAGAUUUGAAUUUGAGGAACAUGGGGUCAAACCACACAAACAUAUGCACUCUGCGUGGUGCAGUGACUGCAGACAAUUGUUGUCCUAAAUAACCAUUCCCAUAUACAGUGCCUUAAAGUAUUCAUACCCCUUUUUGUGUUACAGCCUGAAUUCAAAAUUGCUUAACUUUGUUUUUCUCACCCAUCUACACACAAUACCCCAUAAUGGCAGUGAAAACAUGUUUUUAGAAAUGUUUGCAAAUGUAUUAAAUGAAAUGCUGAAAUAUCUCAUUUACAUAAGUGUUCAUACCCCUACGUCACCUUUGGCAGCUAUUAGUUGUCAAUCUUUUUGGGGAAGUCUCAAAGAGCGUUCCACACCUGGAUUGUGAAACAUCUGCCCAUUUUAUUAUUUUCAAGCUCUGUCAGAUUGGUUGUUGAUCAUUGCUAGACAACCAUUUUCAAGUCUUGACAUAGAUUUAAGUCAAAACUGUAACUUGGCCACUCAGGAACAUUCACUGUCUUCUUGGUAAGAAACUCCAGUGUAGAUUUGUCCUUGUGUUUUAGGUUAUUGUCCUGAAAGGUGAAUUAAUCUGGAAAGCAGACUGAACCAGGUUUUCCUCUAGGAUUUUGGCAGUGCUUAGCGCCAUUCCGUUUCUUAUUUAUCCUCAAAAACUCCCCAGUCCUUAAUGAUUACAAGCAUCUUGUUACGUUACAGCCUUAUUCUAAAAUUGAUUUAAAUUGUUUUUUUCCCUCAACAUUCUACAAAAAAUAUUUUGAUAUGCAUUUUUUUUUUCAAAUGUAUAAUUUUAAUAUGGCAUUUACAUAAGUAUUCAGUCCCUUUACUCAGUAUUUUGUUGAAGCAGCGAUUACAGCUGAGUCUUCUUGGGUAUGAUGCUUCAAGCUUGGCGCACCUGUAUUUGGGGAGUUUCUCCCAUUCUUCUCUGCAGAUCCUCCUGAAGCUCUGUCAGGUUGUAUGGAGAGCGUUGCUGCACAGCUAUUUUCAGGUUUCUCCAGAGAUGUUCGAUCGGGUUCAAGUCUGGGCUCUGGCUGGGCCACUCUGACAUUGAGACUUGUCCCGAAGCCACUCUUGCGUUGUCUUGGCUGUGUGCUUAGGUUCGUUGUCCUGUUGGAAGGUGAACCUUCGCCCCAGUCUGAGGUCCUGUGCGCUCUAGAACAUGAUUUCAUCAAGGAUCUCUCUGUACUUUGCUCUGUUCAUCUUUGCCUUGAUCCUGACUAGCAUUCUAGUCCCUGCUGCUGAAGAACAUCCCCACAGCAUGAUGCUGCCCCCACCAUGCUUCACCAUAGGGAUGGUGCCAGGUUUCCUCCAGACGUGACGCUUGAUGUUCAGGCCUAGGAGUUCAAUCUUGGUUUCAUCAGACCAGAGAAUCUUGUUUCUGCAAAGUGCUGCAAAGACUGUUGUCCUGUUGGAACUCUAGAGCUCUGUCAGUGACCAUCGGGUUCUUGGUCACCUCCCUGACCAAGGCUCUCUUCCCCCGAUUGGUCAGUUUGGCCGGGCGGCCAGCUCUAGGAAGAGUCUUGGUGGUUCCAAACUUCUUCCAUUUAAGAAUGGAGGCCACUGUUCUUGGGGACCUUAAAUGCUGCAGAAACUUUUUGGUACCCUUCCCCAGAACUGUGCCUCGACACCAUCCUGUCUCUGAGCUUUCCGAAUGCACUCUGUAAACUUGAUCUCCACUAUAUAAAAAGCAUCUAAACAUUGUCUUCUAUUUCUUUUAGACUAGCGUUUGGUUUUCAACAGCAGAGAUUUGUAUAAUUCUUACUGUGUGUUUCUGACAUUUGCAACAUUGUUUCAAUAUUGUAAUUCGAUAUCCAGUUCUCCCAUAGUAAUGAACGUGUCGGGAUGAGACAUGCAGGCAGCUUUUCUCAGCCAGUCGAAGUCAGAAAUGUCAAUAUAAAACAGGUGAAACUAAUGGAAAUUGAACUAGUUUGCUGUCUUUCCAGCUACAGUUUUGAAGUGAUUGUGUUAGCUGUGUUGUUGGCUAGCUCCUCUGAACAACAGUGUCCUGACGAGAGAGCACAUUCUCUGUGCCAGGCAAAAUCAUACAUCAUUAGCUCAUUGUUAUGGAUCUAUCCAAAUAAAUGUCACUAGAGAACAUCUUAAACAAAUGCAGCUAUACUGAACAAAAAUAUAAACACAACAUAUAAAAUGUUGGUCCUAUGUUUCAUGAGCAGAAACUUAAAAUCCCACCAGAAAAUCAUGCACACAAAAACCUUAUCUCAAAGUUUGUGCACAAAUUUGUUUGCAUCCCAGUUAGUGAGCAUUUCUCCUUUGCCAAGAUAAUCCAUCCACCUGACAAUUGUGGCAUAUCAAGAAGCCAAUUUUAAACAUCAUGAUCAUUACACAGGUGCACCUGGGGACAAUAAAAGGCCACUCUAAAAUGGGCAAUUUUGUCAACACAAUGCCACAGACGUCUCAAGUUUUGAUGUAACGUGCAAUUGGCAUGCUGACUGCAGUAUUGUCCACCAGAGCUGUUGCCAGAGAAUUGAAGGUUCUACCAUAAGCCACCUCCAACGUUGUUUUAGAGAAUUUGUCAGUACGUCCAACCGGCCUCAACCGCAGACUACGUGUAUGGCGUCGUGUGGGCUACCGGUUUGCUGAUGUCAACGUUUUGAACAGAGUGCCCCAUGGUGGGGUUGUGGUAUGGGCAGGCAUAAGCUACGGACAACAAACAUGUUUGCAUUUUAUCGAUGGCAAUUUGAAUGCACAGAUACGUGACGAUCCUGAGGCCCAUUGUAGUGCCAUUCAUCCUCCUCCAUCACCUCAUGUUUCAGCAUGAUAAUGCACUGCCCCCUAUCGCAAGGAUCUGUACACAAUUCCUGGAAACUUAAUGUCCCAGUUCUUCCAUGGCCUGCAUACUCACCAGAUGUGUCACCCAUUGAGCAUGUUUGGGAUGCUCUGGAUUGACAUGUACGACGUGUUCCAAUUCCCGCCAAUAUCCAGCAACUUCACACAGCCAUUGAGUGGGACAACAGCCUGAUCAACUCAAUGCGAAGGAGAUGUGUGGCGCUCCGUGAGGUAAAUGGUGGUCACACCAGAUACUGACUGGUUUUACGAUCCAUGCCCCUAUUUUUAAUGAAUUUAUUUAAAUUGCCUGAUUUCCUUAAACUAACUCAGUAAAAUUGUUGCAUUUCUAUUUUUGUUCACUAUACUUUGCUGUUAUUCUGGUUGCAUUGUUUGACGUGACUGGAAGUUAGCCGUACUUGGCUAGCUAGCAAGCAAUGGAUAAGAACGUUGCCAGCCAGUAUGGCAAUGGAACAUUUAGAACAAACGACUGGAUACUAAAGUAGAUACAAAAAUAUUUAAUGACUGGGGCCUGUCUCUGGCAACCGAACCGAUAGAACGAACGACCAGACGGCUUUGGUAGGAACAUUAGAUUUGUGGAUGAAAUAGUAUGAAUUAAUAAAUUACUGUUUUUUUUUAUGACUAUGUCAAUCAUUUUUUGAAUAUGUAGAUAAUGCCCUCCAAGCCGGUGUUUGGAGCAUUUAUUGGCAGUUUGCCACCCAUGCCAAUAUAUCCUCCAAACCCCGGCUUCUUGGGCAUUAUCACUUAGGGUGCAUUCGUAAAUUCACUCAGGAGUGCGCUCUCGCGUUUGUAAAUUCAGAGCAUUGUCAGAUUAUCAGUUUGUAAAUUCGGAGUGUUUCGCUCUCGGAGCGUUCAGAGCGCACACUGGACGCUCUGGCUGAGGAGUAGGGUUGCAUAGAGCGUUCUGACCUCACAACGGCAGUCAAGCACCCAAGCUAACUGGCUAAAGUUGGCUAGCAUGCUAGCUACUUCAACACAAAUGAGAGAACACCUCAUUCUUACUUGCCCUAGCAGAGCUGGUUAGGCUGUUUUCAUGUUAUCUAGAGCGUUGGUGACUGUGCUGCUGGCAACAAUUUAAUUAGGUUUACUGACAACGAUCAUAUUCAACGGUUGUUGUGCGUUCGUAAAUUCAUCAGAUAUUCUGCGCUCUGGCACACUGACUUGCGCAACCGUUUGUUUGUCCAGACAAAACCAGUCUGUCAGAAGUUGCUAGCUCAGGUCUAAAUUCUGAAACUAAAUAUCACAAAACAUCUUUGCUUUGAUUUUAAGCCUCAAAAUACAACUAGCUUAGCUAACAGCUAAAUGUUUGUUUUAGACUUUGUUAUAAUUGUAAUUCUAUUUGAGGCUUCACAUGUUGUCAUGGACAAUAUUAAUGUUAUUUCCAACAACCAAUGAGCAACUGCGCCGUAAAUCCAGCUGCAUAUUGAGUUUGGCAAAGAUAUGACCUUUCGGCAAAGACAUGGAGUGGAAUGUUAGCUAAAAAGACUGGUACCCAGUCUAGACAUUCAAUCCCAUCCUGGAUCAAGAUCCCUGUUGCCUAAAUUGUUUUGUGCGUAAUUCUUUUUGAUAAGUAAAAUUAAAUGUGUUAUUUAUACUUUUUUUAAAUAGCGCACCCUGUGUGCACUUCCGGUAAUACCGUAUACCCUGGUAUGGUACAGAAAUGGUAUGAAAAUCUGGAUACCAUCCAACCCUAAUGUUUUGGAAUAUUUUUAUUCUGUACAGGCCAUUAAACUGUUUUAAAGUCACCCAUUGGCCUCAUGGUGAAAUCCCUGAGGUUUCCUUCGCCUCCGGCAACUGAGUUAGGAAGGACGCCUGUAUCUUUUGUAAUGACUGCAUGUGUUGAUACACCACUCAAAGUGAAAUUAAUAACUUCACCAUGCUCAAAGGGAUAUUCAAUGCCAGCUUUUUUUAUCAAUGGGUGCCUUUCUUUGCGAGGCAUUGGAAAACCUCCCUGGUAUUUGGGGUUGAAUCUGUGUUUGAAAUUCACUGCUCGACUGAGGGACCUUACAGAUUGUAUGUGUGGGGUACAGAGAUGAGGUAGUCAUACAAAAAUCAUGUUAAACACUAUUGUAGAACACAGUGAGUCCAUGCAACGUAUGUGACUUGUUAAUCAGAUUUUUACUCCUGAGCUUAUUUAGGCUUGCCAUAACAAAGGGGUUGAAUACUUGACUCGACAUUUCAGCUUUUCAUUUUAUAUCAAUUUGUAAAAAUGUCUAAAAAUAUAAUUCCACUUUGACAAUAUGGGCUAUUGUGUGUAGGCCAAUUUUAAAUUCAGGCUGUAACACCACAAAAUGUGGAUGUGAAUACUUUCAGAAGGCACUGUAGAAGUCUGCGAACGAGAGGUGUAUGUGUUUUGUAUGUCUUCGGAGCUACUAAAUUCCUUAACUUACGAGCAGAAUGUUAAUUGUUGACUAGUAAGAAUGGAGGAUAGGCUACCUUUGUUUGUGUGUGCGCAGUUGUAAGAAUCUAACCGAUUUACAUCAAUUUAGUUUAACGGAACCUCUACUUUUCAGAAAGCACAAGUCAUUUGUUUGCCUACAAUAUCUCCAAUGCCACAAAUAGUGGUAGCCUUGUGGCAUUUUUAUGGGUAACCCAAGGCUAGUUGUUAGUCUCUCCCAUUGUCCUAAACAAUGUUUAUAAGAUAUAUAGUUGAUGGCCAUGACUUUCCAUUCAUUCAAACAUGCACAGAUUGCCGUAGAGUGCAUUUACUGGCUUCAUACAGUCAGGAAAAAGACUCUCAAUUUCAUCUCGAAAUUGCUUCAAUUAUUUACAUAGAUUCUGUUUGUACACUGCAUGGCCAUUAUGAUUAGGUUCCGCAGCUGUUGAAAUUUUUAGUUUUUUUGUCAUAGUUCGGAGUGUGUUGUAUUGUAUUUUACCAAGGCAUAUUGAAUAGAGGAAAUCUUGUAAGUUUAAGUUGAGGGUGUGAUUUGUGCUGUUGAAUAGGCCUAGAAGUCACACUGGGAAAUUGUGAACAAUUGUUUUGAUUUUUAAGGAGAGGUCUGUGGGGAGCACGUCUAUCUGCGAGUUUAGAAGCCAUUUUCUUUUGUGUUGCUUGAGAGGAACAUGAGUCGUGAUUCAUUGCAAUUUGUCAGCUUUGUUGUGUGGUGUGCAUGGAUCAGAGGUGUUUUGUGGGAAUGUGUGGUGUGCCUGUGAUUCAUUUUGCCAUCUCCCCACCACUGCUUAGUGAGAGAAGUGUGCCUUGAGAAUCCCCAAUAUGGCGAUUGCCUGCUCUGCUCCAUCUCCCUGGAGUCUUUCAGAGAUUAACAAGGUUACACAGAGGCUUAGAAUAAACAGUCCACUCUCCUCCAUCACUAUCCUACCCAUACAACUCCUAAAAAAAUGUUCCUCUACUUUACUGCAUUAUUGAAGGAUUCCAUUUCAUGACAUGGGUGUUGGCGCAUUCUGCCAAUAAAGGGGGGAAAUAAACCAGUACUAGGGUCUGAUUCUCUCUCUUUAUUUUGAAGGUUAAGUUACUCCACAAGUUGUUGCCAUGACGAUGUGGUGGUGGCAACAACGAGGUGGGGCUAGCUAAUUCAACAGCCACAGGCUACACUACUACGCUAACACAAUGUCACCCUCUCUGACUGCCUCUCUCCACUAGACAUUUAACAGGUUAAACGCAUGUGGAAGAAUUUGAUUACUAGACACAUGACUGUGAAUACAUUGUUUUAACCACAAUCUCAUGAAAUACUGAAAGGGCUAUGAUUGAGUGUUGGCCCGUGGUUGUAGCAAGUGCAAGGCUUCUGACUAGAAUGAGAAGGCACUGCCUGGAGGCUGCACCUUACCAUGUAGUAAAACACGUGGAGAGACCAUGUAAAGAUUAUGUAUUGACCAUAGAGUUCCUAAGGCUCAGUGUUGUGGUUCCCCAGGGUGAGAAGGACUGGGAGAAGUAUGAGGUCGCCCGCCGGUUGAAGAGCUGUGUGAAUGGGAUACGCCAGCAGUACCAGCAGGACCUCAAGUCCAAACAGUUGGGGACCCGCCAGAGAGCUGUGGCCCUCUACUUCAUAGAUAAGGUCUGUCUCUCUGGGACCCUCCUCUGCCAUACACAGGUUGAUGGGUAUUAAACCACAGCCAAGAGACAAUCUAAAUACUCCAAUCCUUUAGUCAGUCACCCCAUUCUGCCAGACCAUAUCCCCUGUGCAUGCUAAGUCUGGUGGUUUCCUCCAGCUGGCCCUGAGAGCGGGUAACGAGAAGGAGGAGGGCGAGACGGCAGACACGGUGGGCUGCUGCUCCCUGAGGGUGGAGCACAUCACCCUCCAUGACCAGCUGGAGGACAAGGACUGUGUGGUGGAGUUUGACUUCCUGGGUAAAGAUUGUAUCCGCUACUACAACAAGGUCCACGUCACCAAGAGGGUAAGGAGCCAGCAGCCUCAGUACCACUAACUGUUACAAGGGAUGUGUCUGAAAUGGCACCCUAAAUGCAUUACUUUUGGCCAGGCACUCAGAGUAGGUGCCCUGGGGUGGAGGACGCAGAGAGCGGCCUGGGAGAGCGCCCCGGGAUAACUUAACUUCUAAAAUCGAGUUAAAAUAAAAAAUUGACAGGUCAAUUUGACAGGGAUUAUGCAAAAGUUUGUUUAACUUUUAGGGUUGUUCUUCAUUUAAAAAAAUCUGGAAUAUGCCAACACUUAAACCCAAAUGACUGCUUUAUGUGUUCUUGAUAAAGUGUUGAAGAGAAUUUAUCAAUUGCCUACUCACACUUUAAUUGGUUUUCCCAUCAGGCCCGAUUUAUUAAAGUAACUGUCCAGUGUUUCCAGAUUUCUAUAAAAUAUGACCUAUCAUUAAAGCUGUAAUCCUUAAUGGUGAAACAGCCACAUCUGUUGGUGAUAUUACAACAACAAAGUUACUGCAAACAACAAACACUUAUUUCCCCUCGGACAUAAAUGCAUGCGCGAUAGAAGAGCACUAUGUCCUGCUAUUUAUUAAUUAUUUUUUUAUGCUGCGAGACGGUCAGCUUGGAAGCAAAAACAACGGUGGUGGGGCGGCCAGUGGCCCCGUUUUCCGCUACUGCGGAUUGCAUCUUUAAUUACAAUAUUAGUUAAGUAGUUUUCCGUCCAAAAAAUGGUAAUUAGGUAUUUUAAAAAGCAGUUAUUCUGUGUUUGAAUGGUGUGGGCAUACCCCAACAACAGAAUGGUGUGGGCGUAUACCGGUCAUAUAAAAAAUAUGAAUGUCAAGUAAACAGCUGACUGGCCAGGUCAGCCAAUGAGACAUCUCGGACAAAAAACAUGACGUCAUGUUACAUGAGGAAAUGGCAAGCAUUUUGGGAAAGGGUCUGUUUGAAAAAAGUUUAAGGUGUUUUUUUUUUUUUUUUAAGUGAUUAAAUUUUUUUAUAAUUUAUGCUUUGGCCACAUGAGUAUAGGACAAGUCAACAUUAUUUGUGUAUGAGUUAACAGAAUUAGCUUUUAAAAGUGAGAUUUCCACUGGACAGUUAUGUAACUUUUAAUCUAUCAGUCAAAGUAAUUCUGACACAAAAACAAGGAAUGGAGAAUUUUAUCUUUCAAUUUUCGCCUGGUUCCAUUCUGAAUUCUGCCAAGCAGCUGUCUGUCAGUGUGAAAAUUAGGCUAAACAACAUUAGCUCGAGUGUCAGGAUUCAGCUCCAGUAUGAUUCAGCCAUGCUGUCUCCAAGAUGGAAUAGGAAAUGUUGCACCUGACAGACAGUUGUUUUUUUGGGCAGAAUAUGUAAUUAUUCAAAUGAGAGUAUUUAAAAGCAACACAUCAGGUACAUUUUAAUGAGUGUUCUGAGAAUUCUAGCAUGUUUAUUCCAAGGGAAUGAGAUCUGGUUAAUUUCAGAUUAGAUAGAGGGAAUUCUCAUUCCAGCUCCAUGGGAGAGCAUGAUGAAUUGCAAUGUAAAGUGUUGGAUAGCCAGAUCAUCACAUCAUUCAUUAUCUGUUUACCAAUCUUCACUUGCCAGCGUCUGCAUUCUGUGUCCGGUGUCUUUGCUUAUCAUCUAAACAGCAUUUAGAAUGUUGAACCACCAUACUGCUGCGUUCUCCAAACAUAGCUGUGUCUUAGACAUCUGUUCAUGCAUAAACAGCCUGUGAUGAGUGCAGAUUGUUGCCAUGUUUUCAGGUCCAUCCUGAUGACACCAACACAUUGGUUGAUCAAUCAAUCAGCCGUCGUCGCUGUUACUCCACUCCAGACACUGAAUCUGGAAUAAAUAUUUCGAAAUCCUCACGCAUCCAUCCGUUCAUCACAGGCUCUUAUUUCCCUAUUAAUUUAGUUCUGGCUCAAGAAUAAAUUGUCAUUCAAAUCAUUCUGUUUUGAAAAGCAACACAUCUGCUACCAUUAAUUAGUUCCUUGCAUAUUUUAGCUGGUUUAUUUAGAGCAGGAGGAAAACAGGACUUCUUGGAAAUGUCAAAUAUAAUUGAGUGGAUCUUUUUUCCUCUCUCCCCUGUGAGCUGGAAGAGCAGGGUAGACAGCCAUGGGCUCUCCUAUCAUGAUCUGUGUGUAGACUAGGUGUGGAGGUCUAGGACAGACAGGGUGGGAUUUAAAACCGGUCUCUCUUUGUCUUGUCCUUGUUUUGUUUAUCCAGGUGUUCAAGAACCUCAAGCUCUUCAUGGAGAACAAGGAGCCUGGAGACGACCUGUUUGAUCGCCUCAACGUGAGUCACACAGAACCAGUCUGGCUUGUUUAUCUCAACAUGUAAACAAGCAAACAUCCCUCACAGCUUGUUGCCAGUGUUGCUGUGCUGUAGACGGCUGUAGCCUGACGAUACAGUAAAGCCCAGUGAGUGACCAUUACAGCCACAAGUGUGAAUUUAGCCUCAGAGAACCCUCUCCAUCCUGCUGUGUGUUUGCCUGUAGCCUCUGUCUACUCCCUGCUUCUCCUGUGCCUUAAAGGGAGAACAGGAAGGCAAAGAGGCCGAUAUGGGGUGGGUGGAUUAUACAUAAAUCCUCUGUCCUUUCACCUCUCCUUUGGCAGAAGGAAGUCAUUGUCGCCAGGCAGUGGAGCAGGUCUUGCCGGUGGCCAAGGUUAUUGCUAUGAUUGGUGUGAAAUGACAUGGUUGUGAUCUGCUCCUGAGAGCCAAGAUGCGGGUGGGGGGGUGGGGGGGGUCUCCUUCGUAACCUAUGGCACAUCAGGAAAUGGAGGGGCAUGUUUUGGAGGGUGAAAUGUUAAUCGCUGCUCCGAGCCGGGCUGAUUGACACUUUUUAAAAGGCCAGGUGAGGGUGUAAGCACCAGCCACAGAAGAAAUUGGAACAGGCUCUAAUAACUGCCUUCCCUCCAACACGUUUAGCUGGGCCAGGCUUGAGACCUGGUUAUCCACCUGCUGAGGACAGUAAAAGGGUCUGUGAGUUUGUGGGACUGUCAGUAGCCUAUAUAAAGGAACAGCAGUUGGUAGUACAGUACAUGUCUGACUCAACAUUGCUACCCGAGUGAGUGGUCUGUUCAAACUUUUACAUCCCGUGUGGCUGUUGGUAGAGCUUGUCGCUUGCAACGCCAGGGUUGUGGGUUCGAUUCCCAUGGGGGACCGGUAUGGGGAAAAAUUGUUUCGCUCACUACUGCAUGUCACUGGAUAAGAGCGUCUGCUAAAUUACUAAAAUGUCAAUUUAUUCAGGCUGAGAACUAGGAGUGUGUAAUAGGGAGUUUAUCUUAGCAUUCCACCACCAGAAGCUUCUCAAACCCUUGAUGUACCUGUCCUGCUGUCCAAACCUUCUCCACAGCAUUCUUGACCCUUUAUCUCUGGCAGUCAGAGCAGGUUCAGGGAGAACACAACAAACCAGACAGUAGCUGACCACAAGGCCAGGCUGAGGUAUCUCUGCGGUCCAGAGCCAUGGUAUCGGUGAAGGCCAGAUGGAUGUGGUCUGAUACUGGCUCACCUCCAUCCAUUGCCUCUGUCAAGACUUCUGUCAGGGGUCAAUAUCACUACACACCUGGAUGCUCACAGAUAGCAGAUCACACCUGUCUGUACACACUAACGCAGUGUGAGAUCAGCCUUGGUAAGCGAGAAGCUCCUAUUGUUAGUGUAACACUUAACCACCGUAAUGACAGGGAGGAGGGAAGGUGAGGACACCACAUUUGACCCCCAAAUUCCCAGCCGGUGUCAUUAUAGUCUCUGCAAGGGCAGGAGGACAGUUGAAGGACUAAUUAAGAAUGCAGAUGUGUGUGACGGCAUCCUGGGUUUAAUGGGCUACUCCAGUGGUUGAGGAACGGGUAGAGGGGUAUGAAGGUCGUUCUGCCCCUGCAGCAGCCUCCCUGUCUGAGGGGGAGUUAGGGAUGGGUGUGUCCUGAGUGACCCAGGUCUGUCUGCGAGAUGAGAUUUUCAUUAUACCAGCAUCACCCUUACUCCACAACACUGUAGUGCUCUAGGAUCAAAUCAAAUUGUAUUUGUCACAUGCGCCGAAUACAACGUGUGUGUGUGUGUGUGUGUAGACCUUACAGUGAAACGCUUACUUACAAGCCCUUAACCAACAAUGCAGUUUUAAGAAAGAAUACCAAAAAAAAUACAAUAUAAAAUAAUACGAAAUAAAAGUUACAAAUAAUUAAAGCAAUCUCACUGGGAUUGCUUUAGUUAAUUAAUUGUCUAUACACACACCCAUGUGACGCCCAUGUAAUUAUGUUGGGGUGUGUGUGUCAUUACAGCUGUAGUCCCCUGCUCUUAACCUCUAAAGCAUUAUUUUGUUAUAUAUUUUUCAUUUACCAGAAGCUCCUAUCCAGAGCAACUUACAGGAGCAAUUAGGGUUAGGUGCCUUGCUCAACGCUUUUUUUCAAUGGCUCUGGGAUUCGAUCCAGUGACCUUUCCGUUACUGGCCCAACGCUCUUAACCGCUAGGCUACUUGCCACCAUGUUAUUGGCGUGGAGAGCCUUACUGUGUGGUGGUGCAGUUAAUGGAAAUGUAAUUCUUGUCUUAGGCAGAUCUAACUAUUUAAUAAUUCAGAGGAAAGUAAUAUGAUGGCUUUUUUAAUCUACUCCUUAUUCUAAAUGAUGGCGAUAAUACAGAGACAGUAUUUUUCAUUUUCUUCCUAUGCAGAUGUUUAAAAUUCAAUAUCAAAGAAUUUCUGGGUAACAAUUAAGUACCUUAUGUGAUAGUUUUCAAUUAAAAUGGUCAAAAAUAAACUUCUUAGCAAAGAGCAAUCUUUCAAGCAAGAAUUUGACAAGGAGUAUCUGGGAGUGGUCUCUCUGGGGAGGGGAAAACUAGCGGUUAUUGGCAGAGAGGUUUGGAACUCUUUCUUAUUGGUCUAUUAACUAAUUAAACUCCACAAAAGGCUGACAUUUCAGGCGGUCUUUUCAUACAGCUCUUACAUGAACAGGGCAUUAUCAUGUUCACAAUUUCACAGUAUUAGUCCAACCUCAUAGUGAGGAAAUGUAUAUUUAAACACAGAAAAUGUUUUUGACUGCACUGGGCCUUUUUAUGGAAGACUGAGUUCAAACCUCAGGACUGUACUGCCAUCUAGUGUUUCUGGACAUACUUUUUCACACCUGUCUUGAUCCAGUCCUCGAUUCUUGCGUAUGUGUGUCUCCUCCAUCCAGACGGGCUUGUUGAAUAAGCACCUGUCAUCCCUGCUGCCUGGCCUGACUGCUAAGGUAUUCAGGACUUACAACGCCUCCAUCACCCUGCAGGAGCAGCUCCGACAGCUGUCCAACAGUACGUCCCCCAAACACCACAUAUACAUUUAAAUGCCAUCCUUACAGGUGCAUUCGUUUUAUAGCAUUUGUUUACCAAACAUGUCCAUCAACCUGUUCAGACGUCUGUGAAUGCAAUUGCUGUUUAGAACUCCUGCAAGAACCCGCUAUGGAGCUGCGUCUCAUGCCAUGCCUGUUAAUUUCAGCAGUGAUUCAUUCCUAUAGAAUACUGUUGUGUAUCUCAGUUCCAGCAUGUUCUGUGUUCACUCAGUGUUAGUGUCCCUGCGUGCAGUAUGUUGGCUGAGAUCCUCUCAGCAUGCUGGGUUAUUACGUUGUUAAUCCUUAUGUUUUGCUGGGGCCCAGUACCCCCCUCCCUCCCCUCUCAUGGUGGAUGUUUCUGUUUAUAGAGGUGUCACACUGGAUUGCUACUAAGAUUAAAUCUGUUUACAGUGUGGGUAGCAACCUGUAAUGAAAUUAGACAUGUGCAUGUUUUCAAAGGCAAGCAGGUGCAAGUGAGGAUGAUCUGGGUGGGGGAAGAGUAGAUUGGCCAGGGGGAGGGGCUAUAGAGGUACAGAAGGGAAAUAGAGUGCUCCCUGGUGGUCUGUUAAUCAAAUAUUAGCUCACCCAUCAGCACAUUAAAUGUUUGAUAGACCAACCAUGGACAAGAGGGCUUCCUGCCUCCUGCUCUGUAUAUAUUGCCUGAAUUAAGCCAUCCACUUGAUCUUGUAAUGACUAGUGAGCUUAUGUAUUUACAGUGAGCUAAGGUAUUAACUCCCGUUACCACCACCAUUCAUAGUCCUUUGUUCCCCUGCUCCACAGUGACAGACAACCCGGCAGAGAAGCUGCUCUCCUACAACCGGGCCAACCGAGCGGUUGCAAUUCUGUGUAACCACCAGCGGGCCCCGCCAAAGACCUUUGAUCAGUCUAUGGCCAACCUCCAGUCCAAGGUGAUAAGGGAUCAACAGAUACUUGAUACAGAGAUAAGUCGAGGGGUGAUAUAUGAUGUUGUCAUGUCCUAGUUUAGCUCAGUGUUUACUUCAGUCUGCCCUCUCUUCAUACACCACUUCCAGAUUGAUGGCAGGAGGGAGCAGUUGGCCCUGGCCAAGAGUGAGCUGAAGCUGGCCAAGAAGGAGGUCAAAGCUCACAGCUCAGACAGCAAGCGGCAGGCGUGAGUUGCCCUUACUGGUAGCAGACAGACAGGGAAUAUUAUUGCUCAUACAGGGCAGACAAUAUCCUGACUGAACUCCUGUGUGUUUCCAGGGUGGUGGAGCGUAAGAAGAAGGCUGUGCAGCGUUGUGAGGAGCAGCUUAUGAAGAUGGAGGUUCAGGCCACAGACCGAGAGGAGAACAAGCAGAUCGCACUGGGCACCUCCAAACUCAACUACCUGGAUCCACGCAUCAGCGUGGCCUGGUGAGAGCGCACACACAGGUCUAAAAUAUGACACUGUAUGUGUGUCCAACACCUGACACCUAAAUGAUGCAUUUGCAACACAUACAUUAUUAUCCAGUUAUUAAUGUUGUGCAUUAUUUCUCAUCCAUGGUUUUGCCCUCCCCAUAGGUGUAAGAACAUGGAGGUGCCCCUGGACAAAAUUUAUAACAAAUCUCAGAGGGAUAAGUUUGCCUGGGCUGUUGACAUGACCAGGACAGAUUUUAUAUUCUAA